GUUACUAACGUGGAAAAUGAAGUGACAAGUUCACUUCGCGGCUUAUCCAAAAUCCAGAAGCAAGCAAAACUCUCUUUUGCAACCACAGGACAGGAUCCAAUUAUUCCUCGCUUAGAAUUUGCGGACUUGUGAGAUGUGAUGUCUUCAAUCUGUAGCUUCCUUGGUCUUAUGGAACCUCGAUGGAAGCACUUUAAUAUCCUUCAUUCCAAGACCAAAAUGAACUUCCUGGCGCCUGUAAUUUGCUGCUCAAACAAUGACCCAAUUUCCAAACAAAGCCAGCAGUUGGGUUACGAUCCUUCAGAAGAGUUACUUCGACUCGAAGCUGAUAUAAAGCCAAGGAAUGGUACCUCUGGUUCAGCUAAACCUAGAUCUUGGUUUGGUUCGAAUGGACAAUAUAUUAAAGAACUUCCUUGCCCAAGUUGCAGAGGGAGAGGUUAUACUCCAUGUACUCAGUGCGGAAUUGAACGAUCCAGCUUAGAUUGUUCUCAAUGUAAUGGAAAGGGAAUAAUGACUUGUCGUCAGUGCUUGGGGGAAUGUGUAAUAUGGGAAGAAUCAAUUGAUGAGCAACCGUGGGAGAAAGCUCGUUCAAUUUCUCCACUCAAAGUGAAGGAGGAUGAUGAAGUAGACAAUUUAGAAAUAAAGCUGGACAUGAAGAAAAAAUCAAAGCGUGUGUACCAGUCACCUCCUCCUGAAGUUGGACAAAAGAUCAGCCGAUCGCUAAAAAGUCUCAAUGCCAAAACUGGACUAUUCAGUAAAAGAAUGAAGAUUAUCCAUGGCAAUCCUACACUUCAUGCGCAAAGAGUGGCUGCAAUAAAGAAAGCCAAAGGAACUGUUGCUGCCAGGAAACAUACUUCUGAGACUCUGAAAGCUUUCUUUAGCGAUCCUGAAAACCGCCGCAAAAGGAGCAUUGCUAUGAAAGGAGUGAGAUUUUACUGCAGUAACUGUGGACGCGAAGGACAUAGAAAACACUACUGUCCAGAACUUAAGGAUAGCAUGACAGACAGGCAGUUUAGAUGUGGGUUAUGUGGGGAAAAGGGCCAUAACAGAAGAACAUGUCCAAAGUCAAAGAUGAGCAAUCGCAAAAGCAUAGUUAGAAGGCGCCACAGCUGCAAGAUUUGUCAUCAAGGUGGCCAUAAUCGCAGGACAUGCCCAAUGUCAAGGAUGAGCAAUCCCAGAAGCACAGUUAAAAGACGUCGCUGCUGUAAGAUUUGUCAUCGAAGUGGCCAUAAUCGCAGGACAUGCCCUCAAUUAAACCGAUCAAAAUUAGUCAGUAGCCAUACAACUGGAUGCAGAGUAUAUACAUGCAGUUUGUGCCAAGGGAAAGGGCACAAUGCGAGGACAUGUCCUAACAGAAAUACAGAGCCUACAAUUGAUAGUCCUGGAUAUGAAGAGGACAUCAACGGCCUUCUUGUGGACUAAUGUAUCUUCUUGAACUUCUGACAGUGGGUUCUUUUUUUUUUUUUUGCACUUCUAGUUUUGUUGUUCUCUGAGUCUUCGUUCUAACGAAUCUGUUGUUCGUUAACUCAUGAAAGUUGCCAUAUAUUUGAUGCCAAGUUACUGUUAUUA